CCGGCCACGAGGACACAGCAGCAUGAAGCAGAGGUUGAUUUUCUCAAGUCCUCUGUCACAGCAAAAGAAGGCUAAUACCAUGGCAGGAUUAAGGUGACAGUGCCGGGCAGAUCAGCACCAUUCCACCGCCCCUCUGCGGAGCUGUGCCAAGAGUAGGGGAACAUGGAGGAGAGGAAACAGGAGACAACGAACCAAGCUCACGUCCUCUUUGACCGCUUUGUCCAGGCCACCACCUGCAAGGGGACCCUCAGGGCCUUCCAAGAGCUCUGUGACCACCUGGAGCUGAAGCCCAAGGACUACCGUUCCUUCUACCACAAGCUCAAGUCCAAGCUCAACUACUGGAAGGCCAAAGCCCUCUGGGCCAAAUUGGACAAGCGGGGCAGUCACAAAGACUACAAAAAGGGCAAAGCCUGCACCAACACAAAGUGUCUCAUCAUUGGAGCUGGCCCGUGUGGGCUCCGCACAGCCAUCGACUUGUCCUUGUUGGGAGCCAAGGUGGUGGUUAUAGAAAAGCGAGAUGCCUUCUCCCGCAACAAUGUCUUACAUCUCUGGCCCUUCACCAUACAUGAUCUUCGAGGCCUGGGUGCCAAGAAAUUCUACGGCAAGUUCUGUGCUGGAGCCAUCGACCAUAUCAGUAUCCGUCAGCUCCAGCUAAUCCUCUUGAAGGUAGCCUUGAUCUUGGGCAUUGAGAUCCAUGUCAAUGUGGAAUUCCAAGGACUUGUUCAGCCUCCUGAGGACCAAGAGAACGAACGGAUAGGAUGGCGAGCAUUGGUGCACCCCAAAACUCAUCCUGUAUCAGAAUAUGAAUUUGAAGUGAUCAUCGGUGGGGAUGGGCGUAGGAACACCUUGGAAGGAUUUCGUCGAAAAGAAUUUAGGGGCAAGCUAGCCAUUGCCAUUACAGCAAAUUUUAUCAACCGCAACACAACCGCAGAGGCCAAAGUAGAGGAGAUCAGUGGCGUGGCUUUUAUAUUCAACCAAAAAUUCUUCCAGGAGCUGAGAGAAGCUACAGGUAUUGACUUAGAGAACAUCGUCUACUACAAAGAUGACACACACUACUUUGUCAUGACGGCCAAAAAGCAGAGUUUGCUGGACAAAGGGGUGAUACUGCAUGACUACACAGACACGGAGCUGUUGCUAUCCCGAGAGAAUGUGGACCAGGAAGCCCUGCUGAACUAUGCCCGGGAGGCUGCAGACUUCUCUACCCAGCAGCAACUGCCUUCUCUGGAUUUUGCCAUCAAUCACUACGGGCAGCCAGACGUCGCCAUGUUUGAUUUUACCUGCAUGUACGCCUCUGAAAAUGCUGCCUUGGUACGGGAACAGAACGGACACCAGUUACUAGUAGCUUUGGUUGGGGACAGCCUCCUGGAGCCUUUCUGGCCAAUGGGGACAGGAAUAGCCCGGGGCUUUCUGGCUGCUAUGGACUCUGCCUGGAUGGUACGAAGCUGGUCUCUGGGCACCAGCCCCUUGGAAGUCCUGGCAGAAAGGGAAAGCAUUUAUAGGUUGCUGCCUCAGACCACCCCUGAGAACGUGAGCAAAAACUUCAGCCAAUACAGCAUCGACCCUGUCACUAGGUAUCCCAAUAUUAACAUCAACUUCCUCCGGCCAAGCCAGGUGCGCCAUUUAUACGAUAGUGGAGAAACAAAAGAUAUUCAUCUGGAAAUGGAGAACCUGGUGAAUUCCCGAACCACUCCCAAGCUGACUCGCAAUGAGUCUGUAGCUCGUUCAAGCAAACUGCUGGGGUGGUGCCAAAGGCAAACAGACGGCUAUUCAGGAGUGAACGUGACAGAUCUCACUAUGUCUUGGAAAAGUGGCCUGGCCCUGUGUGCGGUCAUCCACAGGUACCGCCCCGACCUAAUAGACUUUGAUUCUUUGGAUGAGCAGAAUGUGGAAAAGAAUAAUCAGCUGGCCUUUGACAUCGCUGAGAAGGAACUGGGCAUCUCGCCCAUCAUGACGGGCAAGGAGAUGGCUUCAGUGGGGGAGCCGGACAAGUUGUCCAUGGUGAUGUACCUCACGCAGUUCUACGAGAUGUUCAAGGACUCACUCCCCUCCAGCGACACCCUGGACCUGAACGCAGAGGAGAAAGCCGUCCUGAUAGCCAGCACCAAAUCCCCCAUCUCCUUCCUGAGCAAACUGGGACAGACCAUCUCUCGGAAGCGUUCACCCAAGGAUAAAAAGGAAAAGGACUCGGAUGGGGCUGGAAAGAGGAGAAAAACCAGUCAAUCAGAAGAGGAGGAGCCUCCCCGGAGCUACAGAGGAGAAAGGCCUACCCUGGUGAGCACUCUGACAGACAGGCGGAUGGAUGCUGCCAUUGGGAACCAGAACAAAGUAAAGUACAUGGCAACCCAGCUGCUGGCCAAAUUUGAAGAGAAUGCACCUGCUCAGUCCACUGGCGUGAGGAGACAGGGUUCCAUAAAGAAAGAGUUCCCGCAGAACCUGGGGGGCAGCGACACGUGCUAUUUCUGCCAAAAGCGGGUGUACGUGAUGGAGAGGCUGAGCGCCGAGGGCAAGUUCUUCCAUCGCAGCUGCUUCAAGUGCGAGUAUUGCGCCACCACGCUGCGCCUGUCAGCCUACGCCUAUGACAUCGAGGACGGCAAAUUCUACUGUAAGCCUCACUACUGUUACCGACUAUCUGGCUACGCGCAAAGGAAGAGGCCAGCGGUGGCUCCUCUGUCUGGAAAGGAAGCCAAAGGAGCCCUGCAGGAUGGCCCCACUGCAGAUGCAAACGGACUGGCCAGCGUUGCCGCCAGCUCAGCCGAGAGAAGUCCAGGUACCAGCAUGAACGGCCUGGAGGAGCCCAGCAUCGCCAAGAGGCUGAGGGGCACCCCUGAGAGGAUCGAGCUGGAGAACUACCGCCGAUCUGUGAGGCAGAUAGAGGAGCUUGAGGAGGUGCCUGAGGAGACGCAGGCCGAGCAUAACCUGAGCAGCGUGCUAGACAAAGGCACUGAAGAGGAUGUGGCCAGCAGCAGUUCUGAGUCAGAGAUGGAGGAGGAGGAGGAAGAUGAUGAAGAGGAUCAACUCCCCACCUCUGACCUGGGCGGGGUUCCCUGGAAGGAGGCAGUCAGGAUCCAUGCCCUUCUGAAGGGGCGGAGUGAAGAAGAGCUAGAAGCCUCCAAGAACUUCGAGCCUGAGGAAGAGGACGAAGAAGAGGAAUAUGAAGAAGAGGAUGAAGAAUAUGAUGAGGAGGAAGAGGAGGAGUCCAGUGAAGCCGGGAACAAGAGGCUGCAACAGAUCAUAACCGCAGUGGAUCCUUUGGCGAUCCAGGCUGAUGUGCACUGGACACACAUCCGUGAGAGAGAGGCAGAGGAGAGGACGCUCCCAGCCUCUGAGUCCUCCACUUCUAGAGUUCCUCUGGAUGAAGAUGACCUAGAGGAGGACGUGGACUCGGAGCCAGCGGAGACGGAGGGGGAAGCUGCAGAGGAUGGAGACCCUGGAGACACCGGUGCUGAACUGGAUGAUCAGCACUGGUCUGAUGAUAUCCCUUCUGACGCUGAGACGGAACACCGGCUACAGAGCCAGGCUGAGGCAAAAGCCAAGCUGGAGCUGAGAGUGUCAGAAAACGAAGAAGAGAAGCCAUCUGAUCCACCAAAACAAGAGGAAAGAGCUCUUUCUCAAGUCUCCAGCCCUAGCCAGCCACCUCAGAGACAAGCUGCUCUGUUCUCCCCAGCCCACAGCCCUGGAACAGAGGAGGCCAAGUCCCCACUUGCCUCCAUCACCACCAAGGUUAAGUCCCCCGAGGAGCCACUUUUCCCUGAACCUCUGCUCCUGAGAGAAAAGCCCAAAGCUGACACCCCUGAAGAACAGAAAACUGUGCGCUCGCCCAUCCGAUCACAGCCUGUGGCCCUGCCAGAAGCCAGGUCGCCUACCUCACCCACCAGCUUAAAGCCAGAGUCUCUGCUGGCCCCUCCCACUCCUCCCACACCUCCCUCCACCCAACUCCCCAUCUGUUCCCAACCUCAGCCUUCCUCGGAUGCUUCUAUCCCGUCACCCACCAAGUCCCCCAUACGCUUCCAGCCGGUGCCAGCCAAAACAUCCACACCCCUCACUCCACUCCCUGUGAAGAGCCAAGGAGACCCCAAAGACAGACUAAGUGGCCCUCUGGCUGUGGAGGAGGCCAUGAAGCGGAGUGAUCUGGUGGAAGAAUUCUGGAUGAAGAGUGCUGAGAUCCGCCGCAGCCUGGGCCUUACUCCUGUGGACCGGAAUAAGGGGUCAGAGCCCAGCCUCCCAUCCCCUGCCUUGAAGCCAAUAUCCCUAAAGUCCUACUCAGUUGAAAAGUCGCCUCAGGAUGAGGGUCUCUCCCUUCUGAAACCUCCACCUGUUCCUAAAAGGUUGGGCCUGCCAAAGUCAGCUGGUGACCAGCCCCCACUGCUGACCCCAAAGUCGCCCUCUGACAAGGAGCUGAGGAACAACCAGGAGGAACGAAGGGACCUGUCUAGCAGCUCGGGCCUGGGCCUCCAUGGCAGCUCCUCCAACAUGAAGACCUUGGGCAGCCAGAGCUUCAACACUUCAGACUCCACCAUGCUCACUCCCCCUUCCAGCCCACCCCCACCCCCACCCCCCAACGAGGAGCCUGCAACCCUUCGAAGGAAACCCCAUCAGACUUUGGAGCACAGGGAGGCCUCAGUUAUCCCACCUCCCACCCCUGCCUCAUUCAUGCGGCCCCCACGGGAGCCAGCCCAGCCCCCCAGGGAGGAGGUCCGGAAGUCCUUUGUGGAGAGUGUGGAUGAGAUCCCCUUUGCUGAUGAUGUGGAGGACACUUACGAUGAUAAGACCGAAGACUCCAGUCUGCAGGAGAAGUUCUUCACACCCCCGUCCUGCUGGUCCCGUUCAGAGAAGCUCCUGAACAAGGAGAACGGGCGGCUCCCUCCCCUGGAGCAUGAUGUGCAACCCCAGAAAAGGGGACUGCCUCUGGUCUCGGCAGAAGCCAAGGAGCUGGCUGAGGAGCGCAUGCGAGCCAGGGAGAAGUCUGUGAAGAGCCAGGCACUGCGAGAUGCCAUGGCCAAACAGCUGAGCAGGAUGCAGGCCAUGGAGACAGCGUCCUCCAGGUCCCGCACAGCGCCAUCCCAGGGCAAGGAACUAGGGUCCGGGUCCACCAAACACCCACGCCUCCGAGGGUCCCAGGAGCCUACCCUGAAGCAUGAAGCCACCAGCGAAGAGAUCCUCUCCCCUCCGUCAGACUCAGGAGGCCCUGAUGGCUCUGUCACCUCAUCCGAGGGCUCCAGUGGAAAGAGCAAAAAGAGGUCGUCCCUCUUCUCCCCCCGCAGGAACAAGAAAGAGAAAAAACCCAAAGGGGAAGCCAGGCCCCCAGAGAAACCCAGCCCAAGCCUCCCAGAAGACGUGGCAGCUAAGCCCAAGUCCCUGUGGAAAUCAGUCUUCUCUGGGUACAAGAAGGACAAGAAGAAGAAGAGCGAUGAGAAAUCAUGCUCCAGUACACCGUCCAGUGGCGCCACAGUGGACUCUGGCCAGCGCAGGGCAUCUCCAAUGGUGAGACCAGAGCUGCAUCUCCGGCGCCAGCUGAGUUUCUCAGAGGACUCAGACCUGUCCAGUGAUGACAUCCUUGAGAGGUCUUCCCAGAAGUCCAAACGAGAGCCCAGAACCUACACAGAAGAGGAGCUGAGUGCCAAGCUGACGCGACGUGUGCAAAAGGCAGCACGGAGACAGGCUAAGCAGGAGGAGCUGAAGCGACUGCACCGAGCCCAGAUCAUCCAGCGGCAACUGGAGCAAGUGGAGGAGAAGCAGAGGCAGCUGGAGGAGCGGGGCGUUGCAGUAGAGAAGGCCCUGCGAGGCGAAGCAGGCAUGGGCAAAAAGGAUGACCCCAAACUGAUGCAGGAGUGGUUCAAACUGGUGCAGGAGAAAAACGCCAUGGUGCGCUAUGAGUCGGAGCUGAUGAUUUUUGCCCGGGAGCUGGAGCUGGAAGACCGCCAGAGCCGGCUGCAGCAGGAGCUGAGGGAACGGAUGGCUGUAGAAGAUCACCUGAAGACCGAGGAGGAGCUGUCAGAGGAGAAGAAGAUCCUGAACGAGAUGCUGGAGGUGGUGGAGCAGAGAGACUCGCUGGUGGCUCUGCUGGAAGAGCAGCGACUACGGGAGAAAGAGGAGGACAAGGACCUGGAGGCCGCCAUGCUGUGCAAGGGCUUCAGCCUGGACUGGUCCUGAGCCUGCCUACCAUUGUGUCUGGUAGAGUGGCACCCACCUGACCCAGCUGCGUCCUCCCAAACCACUGGAUCCAGGCUCAGAAGAGGCCUGGCAUCCCUGGAGGGCAGUGCUCAGAUACCAUGCUGUGGGGAAACACUAGGUGAGGGUUAUCCUCUGAGGUGACUCCACCUCCAAGGAGAGGCGCCCCCCCAGACUUCCCACUCAGGAGAGAGGAGAUGGGUGUGUUUGAUAUGUGCCCCAGGGGAAAGGCCUUCAGGUCCCUGAGGGCUUGCUGUCUGGCACCUCUUUCAAGUGGCUCCUCUAAAGAGCCACUGCCACCACAGAGCACCUGCAGAGCAGAGCAGCCAAUGCCCUCCUGCUCCCUGAAGCACCACCAAAGAAAGUACAGAGGCAUCCUCAGAAAAGGGCUGUGGAUGGAGAUCCAGCAGGGAGCAGCCCCAGAGGGGUCAUGCUCACCCUGGCAGGGGAAGUAGGCAGGUUCAUUAUGCAAGUUAGGAGGGCGCAGGAGGGACCUGCCCCACCACACACUGGAUCCCCAGUGGCCAAGUGCCCCAGGCCUCUCACACGGACAGCGGCCUGAAGCCCGUGGAUUGCUGUGUUUUGCUUUUAGUUCACAACCAUUUUGACACUGGAAAGUAUUGACUUUAGGAGAGCAGAAGGAGGCCCUACCUGUCAGCCCCUCCCCCACCCCCUCCUCCUUCCCCUCCCCCACCCUACUCCUGCUGACAGAGGCGCGAUCCCUGGUCAGCACCCCCACAUCAGUUCAGGAGAUGGAUCUCCUCGGCAUUUUCCUGUGUUUGCACAUUGAAAUGAGACUGACAGCCUGGCCAGACACUCAGCCACUUCGGACCCUUUUUUGUCAAUUAACUUAUUUUUUUAAUACUUGAAAGUAAGCAAUGUCAUUUUUAUACCUUUACUAGAGACACUGCCUGUCACCUGCGUGUGGGAGUGAUGAGGUCUUUGUACAUCCCGUGCAGCCUGAUGCAAAACUGAUCUGAUUCUUGUUACAUGCAUCUAUUUAUUAAGCCUUCCCAAGAGUGUUACUGGCCUGGUGGGCACCAGGGAGCAACUCAAGGCCCUGUGGGUCCUUGCUCACAGCUUUUCUGUCCCCUCCUCCACCCAGUACCCUGUUCCUGUUGCCACUGGACUCUUCCAGGAGAAUAGCCUCUCUGUGCGGAUGCAUUUUAGCACCAGGAGGCCAGGCCUGGAGACAGGCUGUUCUGGUCUUUUGGGGAUCUUGGCUCUGUAGAACCCACUUUGUCCAGUUUUGCUGCCAAGGUCUUACCUCCUGUACAUAUGUUGAAGGUUGAGGCUAGCCCCUCUUCAUGCUUGCUGGGACCAAGUAGAGUGUGACCUUGUCCUUCAGGCUGGCUGGUGAAAAUGCUCAGCCCAGCUAGACAGAAACACGUGUGCUGGUCUCACCUCAACAUAGUGGCCACUCCAGUCUUCUCUGCCUAUACCAGGAUUUUCUUGGCCUGGCAAGAGCCAGUAAGUACCAUGUAACCAGAUCCAUAAGCCAAGCUGUUCAUUUCCUGUGGUUCAGCCAGAGACCAGCGAUUGGGGCCAGGGUGCUUUUCUUUUAAAACAGCAGCACAUGGACCAGUCCAUUGGUGCCAUACCAAUCUGGAAAGGACAUGCCAGCUGGGUCUGUGGGAGGGGCUAGUGCAGACAAUAGCCAAGGGCCCACACUGACCCUGGACCUCCCAUGGGAACCACACUGUGCCUCAACUUGAACAUCCAUCCACCCAACUCCAGAGGAGCAAACAGCUAUCCUACUCUUCACCUUGCGCAAAAGCUGCCAUCUCUCCUGUGGAAAUCCAGAUGUGCUGCUAGCAACCGCCACAGCUCUGAUGUCAUCACUUCCUGGUCUCUGACAUGGUGGUAUAGCUAUUUUUAUUCUGUCAGAGGACGAUGUUCUGGAUUCCAUUGUCAACCACAAUCUGCCAAUCGAACUGGACUUUGAACAGGACCUUCAUCGCCCGUGUGGCCUUCUUGACCCUGUCCUCCUCCGCAGUGCCACCCACCGGCAAUCCCAUGCAGCUCAGCCCGUCAUGCCUGCUAACUCAGAAAAGGAAACCAUUUCCCAAGUAACUCAAGAAGGAUGCAGGGGCAUGCUGCAUCUCUUGUGGCCUCACAGAGCAGAAGCACCAGAUGUUCCCCUCCUCCUCUGUCCUGGUCAGCCAUGGCGUGUUGAUCUCUCCAAAGCACACACUGCUUCCAGCAGUCAUAUGACAGUGGACAGAACACUUUGCAGGAGGGCCUCAGAAUUCCACCAGCCUUGGGAAUGUCCCGCAGCUCUCCAGUCGUGGUGGCACGAGGACUUCAGGUUCUCAUAGAGCACCUUUUUUUAGGCUCCCAGUUUGUAACCACUAGUUUGCAGUUGAUUUCAGUGGCCCUGGGGGACGAGACAUGAAGUGUUCUCUGCCUCUGGAAAUGCGAACAGCUCUAGUCAUGCGUUCUUGCGUUCUUCCCAGGAAUUAUGUCUUCUCUUGAAAGCAGAGAAGAAAGGGAUGUCUACACUUCAUACAUAUGAUGCUACGGUGCAUUUGAGUAAACUCAAACUCAAGGCCAAGGACAGUACCUGAGGCUCUAGCCUCUAUCCCUGGAGCGAAAGCAGAAGACAGUCUGUUGCUCCCAAGUAAGAGCGUGGCCAGCCCAGGUUCUAACCCUGCUCAGUUGAUAUUCUUGCCCCCAACAGCCAUCCGUAAGGUAAUUUUGACCAGCAGCUGUAGACUUUAAAAAAUAAGACAUUUUUCGCUGGGACAGGAGAGUAGAGGCGGGGGCAACAAAUAUCGGGGGGGGCUGGGAAUAUAGCUCAGUGGUAGAAUGUGUGUUUAGCAUGCAUAAGGCCCACGGUUCAAUCCCCAGUACCACAUUUUUAAAAAAUUUUCUUUUGAAAGAUGGUAACAUAACCCACAAGAGGGAAUGGUCUGUUUUAUGCGCAAUAAAGUUUUGUUUGUUUGUUUGUUUGUUUUUUAAAGAAAUGAAAAA